AACCAAAAUGUGUACAUUCAAGAAGGAAAUAACCUAUAUGCUCAAAAUGUCCAAGAGCCAGAUAUUUCUAAUGGUGGAGAUUUCGUUUUGCUUAAUAUAGGCUCUGAAAAAUCUACACAACACUGGGGUAAUGCUCCAGAGAGACAACCUCGUCGUUAUGUUAAACAGCGUAUUGAAUUAACUGAUGGAAAAAAUUUGGUGUUGGAGUGUCCUAUUCCUGCAGACUUGCUUGGAAGCAUCCCGAGAAAGGACAUGAGGGAAUUUACUCAUAUGAGAUAUACUGCAUGUACAAGUGGUCCAGAUGACUUUAAGAAGAAAGGUUUUAAACUUCGUCAAGCAGAGACAACACCUCCAAGAUCAACUGAACUAUUUAUCGUGUUAACUAUGUAUAAUGAAGAUAAAGACUUGUUAUCCCGCACUUUUCACGGUGUUGUGAAAAAUAUAGCUCACCUAUGUAGUCGUGAAAGGUCUAGAAUCUGGGGUGAAGAUGGAUGGAAAAAGGUCGUUGUGUGCAUAGUUGCUGAUGGUCGUGAAAACAUAGACCAAAGUUCUUUAGCUUAUUUGGCGGCUCUCGGUGUCUAUCAAUAUGGUGUUCAAGUGGGUGAAGUAAGGUCUGAUCCCGUUACUGCACAUAUAUUUGAGUAUACAACCCAAAUUUCGAUUGAUAGUGAUAUGAAUGUUAAAACGGGAGAGGAUUCUGGUGUUGUUCCAAUCCAGGUACUCUUUUGUCUUAAGGAGAAGAAUGCUAAAAAAAUUAAUUCACAUCGAUGGUUCUUUAAUGCCUUUGGUCCAAUUCUUGAACCUAAUAUAUGUGUUCUUAUUGAC